ACACUUCUGAGACAGCCUGAGCUUCAUUUUGAUAAAACUGGGCUCUGUUGUGAUUCUGUUGUUUCAAAUGGAACGGAAGAGAGAUUUGACGCGGACUUCAGCUCUGUACUGCUGGAUCCUCAUCAACUCCGUGCUGGCUGAAGACUGGACACGUGUUCACACUGAGGACGAGCUAUUCAGGACCCUGUUUGGAGGCUACAGCAAGUGGACGCGUCCGGCGCGAAACAUCACCGAUGUGGUCAUCGUCAAGUUUGGCCUCUCGAUCGCACAGCUGAUAGACGUGGAUGAGAAAAAUCAGAUGAUGACGACCAACGUGUGGCUAAAACAGGAAUGGACUGACUACAAGCUUCAGUGGAGUCCCUCCGACUUUGACAAUGUGACGUCCAUUAGAGUUCCUUCUGAGCUCAUCUGGGUGCCAGAUAUUGUGCUGUACAACAAUGCAGAUGGAGAGUUUGCUGUCACCCACAUGACCAAGGCCCAUCUGUUUCACACCGGGCGUGUCCGCUGGGUGCCCCCAGCCAUCUACAAGUCCUCCUGCUCCAUUGACGUCACCUUCUUCCCUUUUGACCAGCAGACCUGCAAGAUGAAGUUCGGUUCCUGGACGUACGACCGCGCCAAGAUUGACCUGGAGCCCUUUGAGAAUGCGGUGGACCUGAAGGAUUACUGGGAGAGCGGAGAGUGGGCAAUUGUUAAUGCUGUGGGCACCUACAACACCAAGAAAUACGACUGCUGCCAUGAGAUCUACCCUGACAUCACCUACUACUUUGUCAUCCACCGCCUCCCUUUGUUCUACACCAUCAACCUCAUCAUCCCCUGCCUCCUCAUCUCCUGCCUCACCGUUCUGGUCUUCUACCUACCGUCGGACUGCGGCGAGAAAAUCACACUGUGCAUCUCUGUGCUGCUGUCGCUCACCGUUUUCCUGCUGCUCAUCACGGAGAUCAUCCCAUCCACGUCGCUGGUCAUACCGCUGAUUGGGGAGUAUCUGCUCUUCACUAUGAUUUUCGUCACGUUAUCCAUCGUCAUCACUGUGUUUGUGCUGAACGUUCACCACCGCUCGUCAGCGACUCACACCAUGCCUCGUUGGGUUCGGAGGCUUUUCCUCUCGGCGGUGCCACGCUGGUUGUGCAUGAAGCGUCCAGAGCAUGGUCUCAGGCCUGUAAGGCGGCACCACCUGAUUCAUAAACUCCUCCCUGUCCAGACCCCAGUCCCCUCCCACAGCACACCGACCUGGGUCACUCACGAGUCUGACAUCGAUCUCUAUGGUUACCAGGACGGCAACAGUUGCCACAGCAACCACCAGCUCGACUCCUUGGAUGCCGGAGUUGAAAUUCACUACUGCAAUCUUCACGACUACACAAAUACAGAUCAUCUGGGGAGGUUUAGGAUGAAGAUAGCUGGACGGCAGAGGAUUUCUUCCAUCUCUCCUCCUUCCCCUCCACUUCUCAGUUACACUCUCCUCCCACAGAGACAAUCUACAGUCAGCUCGGACUGGGAGACCCCUCCUGUGGAGCAUGGUUCGACCCAGAGCCGAUUGGCCUCUGUGUUGUCUCCUGCAGUAGUAUCGGCCCUGGAGGGGGUGGCCUACAUCGCAGAGCACCUCAGAGCAGAGGAUGCAGACUUCUCAGUGAAGGAGGACUGGAAGUAUGUAGCCAUGGUUGUAGACCGGAUCUUCCUGUGGAUGUUCAUUAUGGUUUGUCUGCUGGGAACAGUCGGACUCUUCCUGCCGCCAUGGCUCUCUGGGAUGUUUUAGAAAAAUUUCUGGGCCGCCUCCAAGCAAAAGUACUUCUUGAACGACGCAUCAAUGAAUCGUUGAAAUAAUCUAUAGAAGCUUUGAAUACUAAAAUCAUCGUUAGCUGCAGCCCUAGUAUGUAUAAAAAGAGACAAAACCUCACGUCUCUUAGGUUUCCUAGGAAGUAAGAGAACACAUUCAACCUUAUUUCUUUCUAUUUUGAAAUCUCCCAAAUGCCAUGCAACUCACUUAAUACAUGCUAAAUUGAAUAUUUACUGCAAAAUUACAGUGGUUUUUCUUAAUUAGGGCUGCAACUAACACUUGUUUUCAUUAUCAAUUAAUCUGCAUUUCUGCAUGAUAAAUGAAUCAAAGUAUUGAAUAAUUAUCAAAAUUGUUGCAAGAUUUUCACAAAAACAACAAAUUUGUCACAUGAAUGAAAAAAAAAUCAAAAUGCUCAGCAGCAGAGUGACGUUUAAACACACAAGACAUCUUCCAAUUAUCAAUGAAGCAGAGAAGAUGAGAGGGAAAGAAACAGUCCCUUAAUAUAUAACUUUUAAUGCCCUGAUUGUCUAAUUACACUAUAUGAAAGUAGCUGUCAGUCAUAACAUACUUUGCCUUCUCUUGGGUCCUUACUAUCAUGUCUUAUCCAUUAUCAUCAACGUGAUAUAUGCACGCACAUUCAACACAGCACUUUUCUCAAAACUAAUCCCCCUAGGUUACCAUUAAAAGUAAGAAUGUUUUAGCUUUAAGCUAAUUUUCAUCUGCCCUUGGCAGGUCUCAAUUAAAAAAAUCAAAAGUGGCAAAACGUACACCUAAUGGGUUAUUAAAGGUCAUGAUACGAUUAACAAGAUGAGAGAGCAGAAAAACAACAUAUUAGAUCAAAUUAAACUUGUUUUAUUAUUGUUACUAUUUUUUUCUCUUUAGACCUAAAAACUAUUGAAAUAAAACAAGAAAUAAUCACUUUUUGGUUGACCUUAUUAUAAUCCAUAGACAAGUUACUCUUCCUACCAAAGUGCCUGUGAAAGGUACUAACUGUAGAUUAUCAAGAGCAUUCACAGUUGUAACAUUUCAACGUGGUCCCCCUCAAAAUUCCCUCAUUGUAUGGAAUGAAGGAUCAUUUUACCAUGAAUUAAAAAGGAAAAUUUUAUUUGAAAAUGGCAAGUACACACAUCAUAAUUAAGUGUUGAAAGGAAAAACGAAAUUCAGUUGAUCUUCAUGUAUUAAUUCAUUAGUUUUUUCUUUAAUUUACAUUCAAUCAGACUGCAUGUCAAUUUCUUUUCCCAGGUUUUGUUAUUUAACUCACCCCGUGUCUCAUUCUGACUGUGUCAAAUGUAAAAAAAGACACAUUUAAGACAAAUCUGCACAAUGCAUAAUUAAACUGCCACUUUAUUGGCUGCUAAAUUGCUUCUCUUGGCAGCAACCCUAACAAACAUGUGUUGAAUGUUUGUUUAUCCUCUCACGUCAUACACAGAGCAUGUGAGUUAAAGUGGCAACAGAAAUUAUCAAGAUACUCACUACGACAAAUGCACUCGUUGUUCUCAGUGGCUGCAGGCAGUGUGGAGGCAUUAAAGUGUGUCAGUACAGUGUAGUUCAGUGCGGCUAUGCGGGGUGAAUUUGACCAUUACGUUGACUUGAAAACCAUUGUGUACAGUUGAACCGAUGUUUCUGUAUGCUUAGCAACAGAAGACGUGUUUGGGGUAACUCAACUGAGCCGUUAUUUAUCAAACUUCUCAAAGUGCCAUUUUAGUCUUAAGUGCUGCGAAUUCCUGAAAUUCACUCCUACUUAAACUUAAACUUAAGAAUAAAAGUAAGUUAUCAAAUUUCUCAAAGCUAAGAAUCACUCUUACUCUCCCAGUUAUUUAAGACAGCUCGAGAGGUCUCUCAAGUAGUUAGGAGUUGCCAGUAGGGGCUUGUG